AACGUUGAUGCAAAGAAACAUUCUUUGUUUGAUGUGUUUUCUUUCGUCUCAUAGUUUGUAUCGUUUUUCUCUUACUGAGUUUAAACAUUAAAAUUUCAGUUGUUUGUUAUUGUGGUUUUCAAAACCUUUUUGUUAUAGUAACUUUUGAAAACUGUAAAUGUAAUGGCCUUCAACAGCACGUGGAUGACAGUUGUUUGGGAAAGAGCAAAUAAACAUGGAAAAUGGACUCCUUAUUCGCCAGAAGUAUCACAACUUUUGGAGCAAAGCCAUAGAAAAAAUUUAAAUGUCGCAUCUUUAGGUGAUGCGGAUGUGAAUUUAAAAAUCUAUUCCGUAAAUUUAAAGGACAUGGUACAAGUUUCAGAAGCCACAGGAACAAAAUUAGCUGUCAAAAGACGUCUAUGUGAAAGUAAUAGUGUUGUGCUGGGUAGAGGCUUUACUUGGGAAUGGCAUGGAGAUAGUCAUGAUAUAUGGCACUCAUAUGAUACUGAUGUUAAUAACUUUAUAGAAAAUGCAUUUCUGCAGGGUAUAAAGUUUCUAAAUCUCAGUAAAUCUUUCCCUGGUUAUAAUUAUGACAUUGACUUGAUAAAAAUGCUGCAAAUCAACAGGCGAACAAAACGUAAACGUACCAUUCGCCGAAAACAGAACGUUUCUCCUUAUCCAGUUGUGAAAUGUCCUGAAGAGGACGAAAAGAAUACUACAGCAGAAAGCUGUGUAAAUGGAAAUUACAAUGCUGUUUAUUCUGAACUUGCACAAGAAAUGCCAGGUACUGCUUCGUUGAUUGAUCAAGCAAAUAGAUACAUGCAGAGCGUUAUAAAAGCUACUGCACCUGAACUGCCGAAUAAUACAGUAACUCUACCAUCUCAAACCAGUGGAAACGGAGAGAUUAAUGGUACCAAUGUUACAGUUGAGAUGUGUUCCCAAAACAGUAACAAAAUACUUGAAAAUCCGAGUGUGGGUUUAAACACAACAACUACAGCUCUCGUAAAUGGUAAGCCUUGGCGGGAACCUUGGCCCCCUCAUACACCUGAGUCAAAACUGAAACCAGUGCCUGGAAUAGCACCUCUUCCUAAAUAUGAUAAAAAGGCUGCAAAAAAGAAAGGUCUGAAUGAAAAUGAUAGCAAUGGACCUAAGAAUAUUUUAGAACAGUAUACAGUGAAUGUUGAAAUUCCACCAUCAUCUGAUUCUAGAAAUCAAACUUGUAUUAUUUGCUGUGAAACGUUGAGUAAUCCUUCGUCAUAUGAUGGAGAUUCAACUGUAGUGAAACUUCAGUUGUGUUCUCACAUGUAUCACAAAGCAUGCCUUCAAGCUAUGUAUGACAGUGGACCAAAGGAUAAAUAUCUUCAAUGCCCUACUUGUAAGAAAAUUCAUGGGGAGAAAUGUGGUACACAACCUCCAGGAAAUAUGAUCUAUCAUGUCUUACCUUAUAGUCUUCCAGGCUUCCCGGAAUGUGAUACCAUUCGUAUCAUAUAUGAUAUUCCAUCUGGUGUACAGGGCCCAGAACAUCCCAAACCAGGAAAAAGGUAUACAGCCAGAGGUUUUCCUCGCCACUGUUAUUUACCUGAUAAUGAAAUGGGUAGAAAGGUCUUACGUUUGCUAGUCAAAGCAUGGCAAAGGCGUUUGAUUUUCACAGUUGGAAGGUCUUCUACUACUGGAGAAGAAAACACUGUCACAUGGAAUGAAAUUCACCACAAGACAGAAUUUGGUUGCAAUCGCAGAGGUCAUGGCUAUCCUGAUCCAAACUAUUUUAGUAAUAUUCUAGCUGAGCUAGAGGCUCAUGGAGUAACUGAUGAUGAAGUUUAUCUUUGGUAUCCUGCUUAGUUUAUUAUGUCAUUUCCAACUGUAUAUAUAAAUGUGUGAAUAUAUUUGUAUAGUUACCACUGUUGCUUUGUAAAUAAGAAAUUAAUGAGUUGUAUUCAUUUUAAAAUGCAGUACAUAUGCUGGUGUAAUAGAUAUGUGCUGCAUUAUUGGCAGAGUCUUGCUCCCUUAUACAGUUGAAAGAUAUGGCAAUAUGUUCUCAAUUUUCAAGGAAAAAAUUUUUAAAUAUUUCUGAUUUUUUAUUUAACUAAUUAGAUAAUAAACUGAAGUAUACUGAUGAACAGAGAAAAAGUUGACCCAAGAGAGCUGUUGCUAUAUUCUUAAUUUAACCAGUUGAAUUUUCACGUAAUAAUUUACUGAUAAAUAAAAGAAAAUAAAAAUUUAAGAUGUCUGCUUUAUAUUCUUCAUUUAACUGAAGUAGCAUAUAAUAAAUUAUGCUGAUAUAUGAAAAAAUAUAGUAAAUUGAAAGACAAAUUUCAUUUUUGUUUCUAAACUAAACUUUUAAAGAAUAAAUUGGUCUUAAUCAUUUGCUUAGUUGUUAAAAAAAAUCCAAGUUGUAUUAGCAAUUUAAUAUAGCAUGCAUUAAAUUUUUAUUUUCUUCUAACUUAAAUUCAAACUUAAGUUAUGAAGUUACUCCAGAAUCUUGGUAUAUGAACUGCUAAAAGUACUUAAUAGUUAUUCAUUACAUUUAACUUCAGAUUAUGAAUUCAGUUUUUCCAUUCUUUAUUAGGCACAAAUUGUCAUUAGUAAAGUUUGAUAUUCAUUUCACUGAAUAGCACUGACUGUUUUAGAACACUAAAUGAAAUGUGGAUCAAUUAUCUAAAUCUUCAUCUAUAAAAUUACUUAAUCAUAACUUACCACUAAAGAGUUAUUAAUGAUCAAUGCAUGAUAAUUAUAAUAAUGUAGAUUUCUUUUCAGUUUUCUGCUCCCUCUUAGAAACGAUAAUUAAUGAAUCAGAUAUGAAAAUUUGUACUCCAUUUCUAAAAUUAAAAAAGUAAUGUUUUUUGUGUUUCAUAUAACUUUCACCCGAAAAAAAAAAUAGUUGGCCUUAUCGUAAAAAGUAUGAUUUUUAAGUUUAUAAUUAUUUUUAUACAAAGUAAUCAUAAUGUUUAUUUUUUAACUUCAAGCAGAAAUUUAACUUUUCUGAUUAAAAUAUGUUUCUUUUCAUCUGAGUGUAUUUCAAUAAAAAUUUUUCUUUCAUUGCAUUAGAAAUGCUGCAAUAAUUCAGUUUAUUAUCAAAAUAAUUCUUGUUGAUAGCAGAAUUCUUCAGUGGCUAUCUGGUGAAUUUGAUGUGGAUUAUUUCUUUUAAGUAAAUUUUAAAGGCAUUAAAUGAAAGGAAAUUUACCAUUAUCAAGUCUCUUAUUUAUUAGCUUGAUAUUUUUAAUUUACAAACCUCUCACCAAAAAAUUUUAGCGUUUUAAACUUUUAACUUUUGUUACUAUUUAUUAUAUAUAUAUAUACUUGGCACUAUUACUUUUCAUUUUUACUCAAACAAGGAAGUCCAAAAACAUAUAUAUAGAUUACCUUACAACUGACAUUUGUAUUGAUUGUAAUAUAUGUGAAAAACUGUAUUGAAAUGUUUUGUAAUAAAAUUUUAUUAUUACUA